GAGGAGAAAGCAGUUUCUGGAGAGUUCUCACGUGUUCGCGGAUAGACCCGGAUAGACACGACGCCGCUGUAUUGGAGCGUGGAGAAUGCUAGAGAGAGCUAUCCAGUGGCAGUCCCUCUUUUAGAUCGUAGUACUGGGCUGGGUUUCUAGUAAUUUUGUUCAUGGACCAAGACCUGGGCUUAUGCUGGAAAAAUAAUUCAGCUCAACAUCAAACGAGGCCCAUUCCUCAGACCUCUCUGUCUCGUCUUCCUAGUUCGGACUUCGGAUUAAGACGACCCACCGAGCACCUCGAUACGGCGGAGUCGUGGGAAGCCAGGGAGGUGAGGACGACGUGGCGAAGUCGUGAGGACAAAUUCCACCGCUGUGGCAGCCAUGUCAGUGCAGGAGUACCUGGGGAAGCACCUGCUCUCGCGCAAGAGCGAGGAGGCCCUGAAUACGGCGGUCCGCGCCAAGGCCCCUAACCCGGCGCUUUUCAUCGUCGGCCACAUGAGGCGGGAGGCGCCCACCGUGAUCACGAGGGUGCGGGCGCGCCAGAUCCUUGACGGGCGUAGCGCACCGGCCGUUGAGGUCGAGUUGCACACCAACAAGGCCGUGCACCGAGCAUCUACGGCUAGCGUGGGCGCGCUCGAGGGCGCCGCCGCCGACGCGGCCGGGGCCUCCGAGAGGCGGAAGUUCCUCGCCAGGGGGGUCGCCUACGCGGUGCGGGUGAUCAACGACAAGGUGUCGGAGGCACUCGUUGGGAUGGAUCCGCAGCAGCAGACGCAGAUCGACCAGGCCAUCAUGCACUUGACAGGGCGCGCCACAAGGUUCCACUCUACAAGCAUAUAGCGGAUCUUGUUGGCAAAAGCGCUACAACUCUUCGUGUCCCUGCAAUUACAGUCAUUAAUGGUGGAAGAGCACACGAGGACACAAGGAUUUAGAGUGGUUCGGGCCGCCGGAGCGUAAUACCCUACUCCACUGUGUGUUGUAUUGAGUUUGUGAACUUGAGAGCUUGUAUGAACUUGUGAGUCUGAGGGUCUGAGUGAACCUGCCUUGUAACGUCGUGUGUCUUCCCUUUUAUAGCUCAAGGGAGGCACAUACAAGGAUGCUGAGCCCCGACAUGUGGGCUCAGGAACAUAACAGAAGGAAUAUAUUAUAGGAGUAACUAACGCCUGUUCCUGGCA